AAGGCGGAGCCUACCUCGCAUCAGGACCAGUCUGGCUGCACCUGCAUCCUUAGCUCAGAGCAUCCCAGGAGCAUUUUAAGAGACGACGACAGCAGCUGGCCAGCAGGGAUCGGACAGUUGCAGGAGGCGUCCGCCAGAUACCUUACCCCUCUCCUGACCUAGCUCUCCACAGCAGCAGCCCCUGAACUGGUCAGGGGAUCCCAGAGUUGCCUGAUUACUGCAAAAGCACUUACAGCAACAACCUCUGAUUACGACAUGGCUGAGAUCACCAACAUCCGACCUAGCUUUGAUAUGUCACCGGUCGUGGCCGGCCUCAUCGGGGCCUCUGUGCUGGUGGUGUGUGUCUCGGUGACCGUCUUUGUCUGGACGUGCUGCCACCAGCAGGCAGAAAAGAAGCACAAGACCCCACCCUACAAGUUCAUUCACAUGCUCAAAGGCAUCAGCAUAUACCCAGAGACCCUCAGCAACAAGAAGAAAAUCAUCAAAGUGCGGAGAGACAAAGAUGGCCCUGGGAGGGAAGGUGGACGCGGGAACCUAUUGGUGGACGCCGCAGAGGCAGGCCUGCUGGGCCGAGACAAGGGUCUCGGAGGCCCUCACUCUGCGUCUUGCAUGGACCAGUUACCCAUUAAAGUAGACUAUGGGGAAGAACUGCGGAGCCCUGUCGUGAGCCUGACCCCCGGGGAAAGCAAGACCACUUCUCCAUCAUCUCCAGAGGAGGACGUCAUGUUAGGGUCCCUCACCUUCUCCGUGGACUAUAACUUCCCGAAAAAAGCUCUGGUGGUGACAAUCCAGGAGGCCCAUGGACUGCCCGUGAUGGAUGACCAGACCCAGGGCUCAGACCCCUACAUCAAAAUGACCAUCCUUCCUGACAAGCGGCACCGGGUGAAGACCAGGGUACUGCGGAAGACCCUGGACCCCGUGUUUGAUGAGACCUUCACCUUCUACGGCAUCCCGUACAGCCAGCUGCAGGACCUGGUCCUGCACUUCCUCGUCCUCAGCUUCGACCGCUUCUCCCGGGACGACGUCAUCGGGGAGGUCAUGGUGCCCUUGGCUGGGGUGGACCCCAGCACAGGCAUGGUACAGCUGACCAGGGACAUCAUCAAGAGGAACAUCCAGAAGUGCAUUAGCAGAGGGGAGCUCCAGGUGUCUCUGUCCUAUCAGCCGGUGGCACAGAGAAUGACAGUGGUGGUCCUCAAAGCCAGACAUCUGCCCAAGAUGGACAUCACCGGUCUCUCAGGUAAUCCUUACGUCAAGGUGAACGUCUACUACGGCAGAAGGCGCAUCGCCAAGAAGAAAACCCACGUGAAGAAGUGCACUUUGAACCCAGUCUUCAACGAAUCCUUCAUCUACGACAUCCCCACCGACCUCCUGCCGGACAUCAGCAUCGAGUUCCUCGUCAUCGACUUCGACCGCACCACCAAGAAUGAAGUGGUGGGGAGGCUGAUCCUGGGGGCGCACAGUGUCACAGCCAACGGGGCAGAACACUGGAGAGAGGUCUGCGAGAGCCCCCGCAAGCCUGUGGUCAAGUGGCACAGCCUAAGCGAGUACUAAUCCCAUCCUCCUCCCCCCUCACCCAGGGGCCAGGCAGGGGAGGGACCGGGAGGAGAGACGGGUAACAGAGGGAAGCAGACUCAAAACCUCAUUUUAGUUGUGGAAGAACUUUUCUUACAAAACAAACCCCACCAAGAACACUCCAGAUGGCCGCAGCCGCAGAUCAGUCUUUACGAUGAUCGUUGCUCUCCUUUGCAAGGCACUAGGGAAGGGGGAACAUUUUUGUUGUUGUUUUUCUUUUCAUUUAAAUGGAGGGGGGAGAGGGAAAGACCCCUACAAGUCUAUAUAUAACAAUGUAACCAUAUACUUGCAUGUCUAAUACAAACUGAAGAAACUAGCCUAACUACCAAUAUCAAGUUAGAGACCUUAAUCCACGAAAAUUGUGUUUUGUGCCGAAUUGUAUUGCUGAUUACCUAAAAUUGGCCUCCUUUUAUUGGGCUUCUCUGGAGAGUCACUCUUCACCCCCACCCCCACUUCCCACCACCCUCCUGCAGAAGAAAAUUUUGCUCUUGUAAAAAACAACAACAUAAAAAACAACCCCUUAUGUUUUCGUCCUCCCCAUCUCUUCUCCUUAUUACCUCUUACAUCUUUGCUCCUUGGCUAAGUUCAAGGUCCAGAAGCCUGUAGUAAACCAAGAGAGGGAAAAAAAACGGUGGAAUGAAUAAGGCAGGGCUUGCUUGUGCGGGAGAAACAGUCCUUGGAAAUUGAGGCUUCUGCGACCAUUCCUCCUACUAUGAAGGGGUCAGGGCACUCCAGGGUGUGCAGCCCGGAUGAAGCCUGUACGACACAGCAGAUGUAAUCAAGUAGAACCUGGGUUUAUAGAACAAGGGGACUUCGUCAGGAGCUUUGAGAACUGAGACAGAGUGACAGGACUGCAUCAGGGAAGACACUCGCUGCUCCCCCAUGCCAUCUGCAGCAUAAGGACAAGAAGAGGCGAAGCUCAGAUGGCUGACGUCUGUGGAAGUGACAGCCGGGUGUUGGUUGAUGGGCUGGGAAUCAUGGGAAGUUUGAAGGAUUAGAUUAGUCUUUGGUUUUCUAGAAAAAGUUAGGGUCUUCUUAGAUGCUGCUAUGCUGCUUUGAUACAUAAGGAAAAGGGCCCUCAGAAAUGAUUCUUCUCCUUGAGGUUUUUUUUAGUACUGAUUCUUUAAAAAGAACCACUGUGGCUAACUGAGUCCUAAAGGUAGAUAGGAUUCUCCCAGAACACCCUUCCCCUCAAAACAAAGGGCUCACCUAGUUCUUGGAGCUCAUGAGUCUUACUUCAUGAUGGAGAGAUGAGGGAAUCACAAGAGUUGAAUCUUCCGUCUAACACUGG